AGGGAGCAUCACUUGUUAAGAAUGCACCCAUCAGAGGGUUCAUUGAUAUCUUAACAAGGAAGCUUCUGCUUGAAUCUGUUCCAGGGGUCAGGGAAGAUGGAAGUGGUUCAGUUAGGAGAACAAAGGAAAAGAUAUAAGGCUUCUUGAGGGGAGACCAUGAAUGAAGCCACGUGGCAUUUCCUUUUUCUCUGCAUGGGGUAGGAGUUUAGGGGAAGAUAAGAGCAAUGGAUGGGAGAUAGGGGAAGAUGGAAGAGUCUGUGUGAAAUGCAGUAGAUUUGACCACCCAUGUUUAAUUGGGGAAAUUAGAGGGAGGGAAGAGUGAGUGACACAGAGGAGAAAGAAAAUGGCAGGUUAUUCCUAAUUUAAUAAUCUGUCCUCAUUACUAACGCCACCAGAGACAUGGCAAAUAGAGGUCAGAGCUAGGAGCAAUGGUCUCAAGAAACAGCAGUGGAAAUGUAUGUUGGAGAAUAGGAACUUGCUGACUAUGAGGGUGGUCAAGCAUUGGCACAGGCUACCUAGAGAAGUUGUAGAAACUUUAUCCCUGGAAAUUUUCAAAAGCAGAUUGGAUGGACACUAGGUUGAUAUGAUCCUGCCUUGAGCAGGGAGGCUGGACUAGUUGAGGUCCCUUUCAGGUUUACUUUCCUAUGAUCCCAAGCCUUCACAUCCUUCUCACCCUGACAGGCUGGAGAAUAACAUCCAUAUUUUGAUCCAGAUCCUCCUGGGAAAAGGGGAAGAGAAAUGGCUGCAAGGGAGCCACCCCAGGGGUUACUGACCUUUGAAGAAGUCGCCAUUUAUUUCAAUAAGGGGGAGUGGGCUCUGCUGGACGCCACUCAGAGAAGCAUCUACAAGGACGUCAUGCAGGAGAAUUAUGAGACCGUGGUCUCACUCACCCCAGAGGUUGCAGUUCCCAAACCUGUUGUGAUCACCCAGCUGGAACAGGGAGAAGAGCCAUGGGUUGAAGAUCUCCAGAAGUCUAUGGAAAGGGAGAACCUGCAAGACAUCUGCCCAGUAGGUUACGGGAUGGUGAGUGAAAAGAGGAAAGAGAAACCCCCGCUGAAAAGUCCCAAGCGAGUGGCAUCUCACAAGACAUUUUUGUGGAGAAAGGAAAGGAAUGUGGCCUGGAAUCCAGAGCUGGGAGAAGUCUGGGAAGGACCACAAGUGACAGAGGGGCAGCGGAGAAACCCAGAGAAAUGGAAUAAAUCUACUCACUGCAAGGGAGACGCGGGGAACCUCAUAAAAAACCCCACGCCGCCAAAACGUGGCACUAAAGAGAAGCGGUACGAAUGCGCCACAUGUGGGAAAAACUUCAGCCAGAGGUCAAACCUGACUGUCCAUCAGCGAACCCACACUGGGGAGAGGCCCUACAACUGCCCUCAGUGCAGCAAGGGCUUCAAGCAGAGCUCGGACCUUCUUAGGCACCAGAGAAUCCACACCGGGGAGAGGCCCUACCGGUGCCUUGACUGCGGGAAAAGCUUCAAUCAGAGCUCCGAAUUGAUCAAACACCGGCGUGUCCACACAGGGGAGAUGCCGUACGACUGCCCUGAGUGCCAGAAGGGCUUCAAGCAAAGCUCAGAGCUUAUCAAGCACCGGAGAAUUCACACAGGGGAGAGACCCUACAGGUGCCCGGCCUGUGGAGAGAGCUUCAGCCAGAGCUCGCAUCUCACUGUGCAUCAGAGGAUUCACACGGGAGACAGGCCCUAUCACUGCCCCGACUGCGCAGAAUGCUUCAGUGUGAGGUCAGCCCUUAUUACCCAUCGAAGGGUCCACACCGGAGAGAAACCGUUUACCUGCCCCAUGUGUCAUGAAAGCUUCAGCCAGAGAUCAGCCCUUAUCACCCAUCAGAGAAUCCAUACAGGAGAGAGACCCUACAGAUGCCACGAGUGUGGGAAAAGUUUCACCCAGGGCUCAGCGCUGAUUAGACAUCAAAGGAUUCACACAGGAGAGACCCCCUAUAAAUGUACUGUCUGUGGGAAAAGCUACAAGGCAAAAGUCUCCCUCAUAUCGCACCAGAAACUCCAUGCAGGAUAAAGGGCACCGGGUACUUUACCUGGUGAUGGAAGGCAAGUUUUAUCGGUAUUAAUGCUAUAUUUUAUUAUAGAAUCACAGAAAAGUAGGGCUGGAAGGGGCUUCUAGUCCAGCCUCAAGGUCAAGGCAAGAUCACCCCUUACUAACUAUUAUCUGAUGCUCCCUGCCCCUUCUUGGCUUUCUCUAUUAUGGGGAAAUUUACUGAGCCAAAGGACUGGGUUUUAGUUGGAUUAUCUUAGCCCUGCCUUCAAGGUGCCCCACUCGUGCACUGUGAUUGCUCCUGAAAUAAUUUCCCUGACAGAUGUUUCUCCUUAUUUCUUGGCAAGGUGGCAGUGAUGCAAUGUCAUGUUUCAGAGCGGUCUUUGUAGCUGAUGCUUAUACCUUGAAAGGUUUGCUCGGUUCAUUUAAAUCAUAAUAAACAUUUAUUGUGAA